ACGGCUGCUAGCUUCUGUAUCAGAUCGGGUAAAGUGACGGGCGUUGUGGUGGCCUCGCAGUUCACUUCAAUUAUCGUCUUCUGCUCGCUCGGUGAUUUGCGUUUCUCUCUCAGUUGGCCGCAUCUCCACCACCAAAUACAUCGCCACCAAAUCGGUUCUUCAUCUUUCUGAAACUCUCCUAUCUAAGAUUUGAUUUCUCUCCUCAAUCUGAAGAUUUAUGUUCUUGGCUUCUUUUCUCUGCUUUUAAGCACAGAAUGGGGUGUUUCAGUGAAGAAAAGCUCAGGUUUUGCAUUGAUAGAGGGGGUACAUUCACUGAUGUUUAUGCUGAGAUCCCUGGCCAGCCUGAUGGUCGAGUUCUGAAGCUUUUAUCUGUUGACCCAGCAAACUAUGAUGAUGCUCCAGUUGAAGGAAUUCGAAGAAUUCUUGAAGAAUACACAGGGGAAAAAAUCCCACGAACAUCAAAAAUCCCAACUGAUAAAAUACAGUGGAUUAGGAUGGGUACAACUGUGGCAACUAAUGCACUGCUGGAGAGGAAAGGUGAAAGGAUAGCUUUGUGUGUCACUCAAGGCUUUAAGGAUUUGCUGCAGAUUGGUAACCAAGCUCGACCAAACAUCUUUGACCUCACAGUAUCAAAACCAUCAAAUCUUUAUGAAGAGGUUAUAGAGGUUGAUGAGAGAGUUCGGCUUGUGCUUGAGGAUAAAGAAUGUGAAGAUCCUUCAUCUGUAUCUUGUGGAGUUUCUGGUGAGCUUGUUAGGGUUGUGAAGCCACUUGAUGAAGAAGCUCUGAAGUCUUCAUUAACACAGCUGCUGGAGCAAGGGAUUAGCUGUUUGGCUGUUGCAUUAAUGCAUUCAUACACCUAUCCAGAUCAUGAAAUUGCGGUUGAAAAGUUGGCUUUAGGAUUGGGUUUUAAACAUGUUUCUUUGUCUUCUGCCUUGACUCCUAUGAUUCGAGUUGUGCCACGGGGUUUAACAGCAUCUGUAGAUGCCCAUCUUACCCCAGUAAUUAAAGAGUAUUUAUCAGGGUUCAUAUCCAGAUUUGAUGAAGGACUAGGAAAGGUGAAUGUCUUAUUUAUGCAAUCGGAUGGAGGACUUGCACCAGAAAAUAGGUUUUCAGGGCACAAAGCAGUUUUGUCUGGUCCUGCAGGUGGAGUUGUAGGCUACUCACAGACUCUCUUUGAACAUGAAACAGACAAGCCUCUAAUUGGUUUUGACAUGGGUGGUACCUCAACUGAUGUAAGCCGUUAUGCUGGCAGUUAUGAACAAGUCCUUGAGACACAGAUCGCUGGUGCUAUUAUACAAGCACCUCAACUUGACAUAAACACUGUUGCUGCUGGUGGUGGAUCAAAGUUAAAGUUCCAGUUUGGAGCUUUCCAGGUAGGACCUGAAUCAGUGGGUGCGCACCCAGGUCCAGUCUGCUAUCGGAAAGGAGGGGAGCUGUCAGUUACAGAUGCAAACCUGAUUCUGGGGUUUGUGAUUCCUCAUUACUUCCCAUCCAUCUUUGGUCCCAAAGAAGACCAGCCCUUGGAUAUCAAGGCUACUAGAGAAGAAUUUGAGAAGCUUGCAGAACAAAUAAACUCCUUUAAACGGAGCCAGGAUCCACUUUCCAAAGACAUGACAGUGGAGGAGAUUGCAUUGGGAUUUGUAAGUGUAGCUAAUGAGACAAUGUGUCGUCCUAUACGGCAAUUAACUGAGAUGAAGGGCCAUGAAACAAAGAACCAUGCCCUUGCUUGCUUUGGUGGGGCUGGACCACAGCAUGCUUGUGCAAUAGCUAGGUCACUGGGUAUGAAAGAGGUUCUUAUUCACAGGUUCUGUGGGAUUUUAAGUGCUUAUGGCAUGGGAUUGGCAGAUGUUGUUGAAGAGGCACAGGAACCAUAUUCUGCUGUUUAUGGUCCAGAGUCUAUCAUGGAGGCCUCUCGCAGAGAAGCUCUGUUACUGAAGCAGGUGAACCAGAAGCUGCAAGGGCAAGGGUUUAAAGAGGAAAAUACCACAACAGAGACAUAUUUAAAUCUAAGAUAUGAGGGCACAGAUACAGCAAUCAUGGUAAAGAGACAAAUAACAGAAGAUGGAUCAGUAAGUGACUAUGCCACAGAAUUUGUUAAGCUGUUCCAGCAGGAGUACGGAUUUAAACUUCAAGAUAGGAAAAUUCUUAUAUGUGAUGUAAGAGUACGUGGUAUAGGUGUUACAAAUAUAUUGAAGCCACGGACCUUAGAACGAGCACUCAAUAUUCCUAAAGUUGAAGGCUAUGACAAGGUUUACUUUGGGAAUGGAUGGCAUGAGACACCAUUAUUCAAGCUUGAGAAUCUGGGCUAUGGGCAUGCCAUUGCUGGUCCUGCAAUCAUCAUGAAUGGAAACAGUACAGUAAUAGUAGAACCUAACUGUAAAUCUAUCAUUACUAAAUAUGGUAACAUUAAAAUUGAAAUUGAAUCUGCUUUAAGCACUGUGAAAGCUGCAGAAAAUGUUGCAGAUGUUGUGCAGCUUUCUAUCUUUAAUCAUAGGUUCAUGGGGAUAGCUGAACAAAUGGGACGAACCCUACAAAGAACUUCUAUAUCAACAAAUAUCAAGGAGCGACUGGAUUUCUCUUGUGCUCUUUUUGGUCCCGAUGGAGGACUAGUUGCCAAUGCACCCCAUGUCCCAGUGCAUUUGGGAGCUAUGUCUAGUACAGUUCGCUGGCAACUAAAUUACUGGGGUGAUAAUUUGCAUGAAGGAGAUGUUUUAGUGACCAAUCAUCCUUGUUCUGGAGGGAGCCAUCUUCCUGAUAUAACUGUGAUUACACCUGUAUUUGAUAACGGGGAACUGGUGUUUUUUGUGGCUAGUAGAGGCCAUCAUGCAGAGAUUGGAGGUAUUACACCUGGAAGCAUGCCGCCUUUUUCAAAGUCCAUAUGGGAGGAGGGAGCAGCCAUAAAAGCCUUUAAGCUUGUAGAUAGGGGAGUUUUUCAAGAAGAAGGAAUUAUCAAACUUCUUCAGUUCCCAUAUUCUGAUGAAUCAGCUCAGAAAAUCCCAGCAACACGCCGACUUCAAGAUAAUCUGUCAGAUCUUCGGGCACAAGUUGCUGCUAACCAGAGAGGAAUUUCCCUCAUCAAAGAGCUUAUUGAGCAGUAUGGUUUGGACACUGUCCAGGCAUACAUGAGCUAUGUUCAGCUCAAUGCAGAAGGAGCAGUGAGAGAGAUGCUUAAGUCUGUAGCUGCUAGAGUUUCCCCUCAGUCGGCAAAGCUUGGAGAGAGCAAUUGUAUAACUGUUGAAGAAGAGGAUUACAUGGAUGAUGGCUCUGUUAUUCAUCUCAAACUUACAAUUGAUCCUCAUAAAGGGGAAGCAGUUUUCGAUUUUAAUGGGACAAGUCCAGAAGUUUAUGGAAAUUGGAAUGCUCCAGAAGCAGUUACUGCUGCGGCAGUCAUAUACUGCAUUCGCUGUUUGGUGGACAUUGACAUUCCCCUCAAUCAAGGUUGUUUAGCUCCUGUCAAGAUUCAUAUUCCAGAAGGCUCACUCCUCUCUCCAAGUGAUAAGGCUGCUGUAGUGGGAGGAAAUGUUCUCACAUCUCAAAGAAUAACCGAUGUUGUACUUACUGCAUUUCAAGCAUGUGCAUGUUCCCAGGGUUGUAUGAAUAAUCUCACGUUUGGGAAUGAUAGUUUUGGAUAUUAUGAAACAAUUGGAGGUGGGAGUGGGGCUGGUCCCAGCUGGGAUGGAACUAGUGGAGUCCAAUGCCACAUGACAAAUACCCGAAUGACUGAUCCAGAGAUUUUUGAGCAAAGAUAUCCGGUUCUUUUGCAUAAGUUUGGGCUUAGAGAGAAUAGUGGAGGAUUGGGAUUUCAUAGAGGUGGUGAUGGAUUGGUAAGGGAGAUAGAGUUUGUGGGUCCAGUUAUAGUGAGUAUUCUAUCAGAGAGGCGAGUUCAUGCACCACGAGGAUUGAAUGGAGGAAAAAAUGGGGCCUGUGGAGCUAAUUACCUUAUCACAAAAGAUAGAGGAAGAAUCUACCUUGGAGGUAAGAAUACAGUGGAGGUGAAUGCAGGUGACGUUCUUCAGAUUUUAACACCGGGUGGUGGGGGAUGGGGUUCUCUUUGAUUCUUUAUUAACAGUUUGUAGCAAAAGCAAUAGAACAAUGAAUGUUAUUUUUUGCUGUGGUUAAAGCUGUCAUACGGUCAAUUGACUUUAUGGAACUGUGGAUCUCAAUAUCUGGAAUAUUUGAUUUUUGUGUCAGCUUUGAAGAGAGGUCUUACAACUGACUCAACGGAGUUCAUUUAAUCUGACUUAUGCCAAGCAACUUUGGCAUUGUUUUUCCAUUAUUGUUUAAUAAUCUCUCUCUCCAUCCAUGACGAGAAAGAAUGUUGGUUUAAUUGGGGAUUGAAAAGGAUGAGGGAUAGCAAUUCACCCUUUUUGUGAUACAACAUGGAAAGAAGUCAACAUGAGUUUCUCCUCCAUGAUAAAACAGGUGCCUUCUGUGCCUACUUGCUGUUUUUUACUUCGUAGUCUGCUUUGGCAUAUUACCAUUGGAUACAAAAUAAGCAUAAAGUUUCUGAACCAUUGAAUUAAAAAGAGAGAUUCUCCUCCUUUCUCCAUGAUUUAAAGCAAACAGAGAGGCUAUCAAUUUUUUUUCUCCCUGCAAAGAUGAAGCUUCUUGCUGUGCACCGCCAGUAGCUGAGAGUCAAAAACUUUAUACUUUUGGAGGGAGAAUUCCAUGAAAUGUAAGAGCUUUAUGAGCAUUGUCUUUUAUUCAAAUGUUAAAGUGCUCUGCGUUAUAUAAAUUUAGUUUAUUAGGGCUUAGCACACUGGGUUAUUGAUUGUGUUCUGGGUUAAAGAUUCUUAAUUUUUGAGACCUAAAAUGCAUUUAUUUUUA